GGGGGGGGGAGCGGCUCCGAGCUGCCCCGGAACAGGGUCACCGAGGGGGUAAGAGCCGCAUUUCACAGGCACCAGCAAAAGGGGAUGUGCAGGGCAACAAACAGUUCGCAGCUGAAAUAACGCAGCUCGUCUUUAGCUCCUCACCUCCAGGGGUAACUGAUCCAAGAUGGGGGCAUUUCUGGACCACCCCAAAACAGAGAAACAAAAUGAUCAUGGUGAAGGGAAUGGGAUUCGCUAUGGGCUGUGCAGCAUGCAGGGCUGGCGCGUGGAGAUGGAGGAUGCUCACUCAGCUGUGCCUGAGUUACAGGACCAGCUGAAAAACUGGUCCUUUUUUGCCAUCUAUGAUGGGCAUGCAGGAUCAGGGGUUGCCAAAUAUUGUGCCAAGAACCUCCUCCAGCACAUAACCAGCAACCAGGAGUUCAAAGGGAUGAUCGAUGGUGGCAGUGAUUCACAAGCAGCUGUCCAGAGUGUGAAACGUGCCAUUAGGACUGGAUUCCUGAACAUUGAUGAACGUAUGCGAAAUGACUCAGAACUAGGGAACAACGACAUGGAUCGCAGUGGCUCGACAGCAGUGGCUCUCCUGGUCUCACCCACACACGUCUACUUUAUAAACUGUGGAGACUCCCGGGGUGUCCUGCAGCGGGGUCAGUCUGUGCAUUUCUCCACUGAGGACCACAAGCCAUGUAACCCACGUGAGAAGGAAAGGAUCCAAAAUGCAGGGGGCAGUGUCAUGAUUCAGCGGGUCAAUGGCUCACUCGCUGUUUCCCGUGCACUCGGGGAUUACGACUACAAGUGUGUGCAUGGGAAAGGUCCCACGGAGCAGCUGGUCUCUCCAGAACCAGAGGUCAUGGUGAUUGAGCGAUCCCAGGAUGAUGAGUUUGUCAUCUUGGCUUGCGAUGGAAUUUGGGAUGUAAUGAGCAAUGAGGAACUGUGCGCCUUUGUCCGAUCCAGACUCGAGCUAACUGAUGACCUGGAACAGAUUUGCAAUCUAGUAGCAGACACUUGCCUGUAUAAGGGCAGCCGGGACAACAUAAGCAUCGAGUUGGUGUGCUUUGAGAACGCCCCAAGACCUUCGGAGGAAGCAAAACAGAGGGAGGCUGAGCUUGACAGAUACCUGGAAGCACGAGUGAAAGAGUUGGUGACCACGUCUGGCCUGGAUGCUCCUCUGGGGUUACUGGACAUAAUGCAUACACUGAUCAUCGAGAACAUUCCCAACCUGCCACCUGGAGGAGGCCUCAUCAGCAAACGGAAUGUAAUCGAAUCAGUUUACAAUCGGCUGGCCCCUACAAGCACUGAUGAGGAUUUGCAGGAGCCCGAUGCCACAUUGUAAGGUGAAAUUCCAGAUGAGCUGGGUGUGACUGAAGAGCACUCUCCCUGGAUUCUUUGUUUGAAGGACACUUGCAAAUUGCUGAUGAGAAUUCUUGAGUGACAUAUUUAUAUAUUUGGAUGUGUUUAUUUGCCAGUCGCCUGCAGAACCUUCAGGACGUUGUAGAUUGUUGCUGUUACCUUGUCUUAGUGAAGCCUCUACAUUUUUGUGCAGCAGCUCCUUCGCUCUCUGUACAGACACAGCGCUCCUCCCACUGCAGCACAUUCCCCCCUCUGCACAGAGCACUCCACCCACUGCAGCCCCUUCCCCUCCUCCUCUGUUCAGAGCUCUCCUCCCACUGCAGCCCCUUCCCACUUGGGACAGAGCUCUCCUCCCACUGCAGCCCCUUCCCACUUGGGUCAGAACUCUCCUCCCACUGCAGCCCCUUUCCCUCUCUGUACAGAGCUCUCCUCCUACUGCAACCCCUUCCCACUUGGGACAGAGCUCUCCUCCCACCGCAACCCCUUCCCACUUGGGACAGAGCUCUCCUCCCACUGCAGCCCCUUUCCCUCUCUGUACAGAGCUCUCCUCCUACUGCAGCUUCCCCCCCCCCCCACCACA